UGGAGCGCGAGCUCGGAACGAGAAUCCACGAGUUGUAAGAAAAUGGCAGACAAGCCGGAUAUGGGGGAAAUCGCCAGCUUCGAUAAGGCCAAGCUGAAGAAAACCGAGACGCAGGAGAAGAACACCCUGCCGACCAAAGAGACCAUUGAACAGGAAAAGAGGAGUGAAAUCUCCUAAAAGCCUAGGAAGAUUUCCCCAUCCCACCUCACCCCGUCAUCUCCAAGACCCCCU